UAAAUAAGUGCUACAGUCGCAGUAAGUGAAAACAAAUCCUCUCUGACACCGCCCCAGCGCCCCUCCCCCGCCGCCGCAGCUCAUGGGCCUCUCCGCAGAGCGCGCGUCCGUGGGGAUAACCGGCGGAAAACGAGAGACGCGGGCACAGCCGCAGACUAGGCGCGGGGGGCACCGGGAUGGCCGAGCCUGGGACGCUGGGACCUUCGACCGCCGCGGGGCCGCGGGGCGAUGGGGCUGGCGGAGGCAUCUCCCGCCCUCCCGGGCCGCGCGGCUCCCGGCGCAUUCCUGCAGCCUCCUCCCGCGCGCCGCGCUCCCUCCCCCGGACAGCUGAUUCAUUGGCUCGGCCGCCCAGACUGCCUGGCGCCGGCCGCGUGACGUCACCCAUUCACGGAGCCCGCCUCCCCCCCUUCGCUGGCGCCGGCCGGGCGGUCGCCCUGACAACGCAGACGCCAGCCCGCAGAAUGACUUCCAGCUGGAGCAGCCCAGCCAGCCUGCGCGCUCACUCGCUUGCCUGCGCCGGGCUUCACAGCGCGGGGAUUUCUUGCUUCAAAACAGCUGCACUUUUGGAAGAAAGUCCACAACUGACAACUAAGCAAAACCCUCCUGGUGGAUAGCAUAAAUCUGCUUUGUUGAAGCUGCUCAUCUGUCUGAUCUAUGAGUCCAGAAGAUGCAAACUCCCUUCCCAGCUUAUGCAAAAAUACUUCCAGUAAAAACAAGCCCUUUGGCCCUUUUCUGCUGUCAGUCCAGAUUUCAGCAUGUUCUUCGCUUUGUUUUUCAUCAUUUUAUGUAUUUGGACCCAUCCUCAAACAGACUUUAAACCCUUUAAAGGCAAGGAAGGACUCUUUCCUAAACCUUUAAUCCCCUGGCCCAGCUGAGUAGAUGCACAGUGUCUUAUGAUGAUGGUGAUAUAGAAUGAUUAAUAACCACACAAAGCAUUUGGUGGGUCAAGUCACUGUUUAUUGGCUCAAAAUAAUCCUUGGCUUCUAUAUGUCUACAACUCACUUCCUAAACAGUUAAAUCCAGAGAGUCUACUAGAUUAUAGCUGGUGAUCAUUAAUAUAAAUAACGAAUACAUUAGAAUAUGUAGUCAAAAUACGAAUACUUGCUUUUCACAUGUUUCCCAAGGAUCACUGCUGGUGUUAGUCAACACAAUAAAAUAAAAAAUUUGAACUCAUUUUGUUACUCAUCUAAAAUGAGAAACUCGGUGAAACAUUGAUUUUCUAAAAUUGCUGCAUGUUUAAGUGUGAUUGUAAUUGCUCUUUAGCAUUUUAAAAUUAUAACAUCGAUACCAAAUG